AUGGGUAUUAUUGUGCACAAUACUAUCGACGAAAAACAGGAUGAAGACGAUCGAGAAGGAGAUCUCCAAGAAAUGUCAAAACUUUUCCCACAACAGCAACAUUACUUUUAUCCUUAUUCUCAACAAAUGUUUUAUGAACCUAGAGUUCUACAUGAGAAACUUGAAGAGCUCAGCCAAAAACAUCGAAAAAAAGAAAAUAGAAUGGUACAAGAUAGGGUAGCUAUUUUGCCAACGUCUAGUACCGAAGAUUUGACACCUUACAAAAAAAAUGGAUCUGCUGAUUUUUCUUCGAUCUUAUCUCCAUCGGAUGACAUAUUUAUCAAUGGGAUUUGGUCGAACCACUUCUACCAAUAUGGAGCAUGGCAUGGCCCGUUUAAGUGCUCAAUGAAUUUCAACGCAAAUAACAACACAUUUCAUGGUGACGGUGAAGAUGUUGUAGGACUAUUCAUUUUGAGUGGAUUGUAUUCAAAGGAAACCAAACAGAUGCAAAUUAUUCAAUCGUAUAAAUAUGGUACCGGUAACCCUCAGUUAAACUUUGGCCAUCAAUGUGUGUCACAAAUGACGUGGAAUCCAGCACGACGUGUUUUUGAGGGUAUCAUGUUUGUAUCAAAUGGAUGGACUAUGAUACCUGGUGGUCUGUUUGAAAUAUCAUUUGUCAAAUCUCAUUGA